GGAAAUCUUAUUAAUUCUGAGUUUAUUUGGCAAAGCUCCUUUAAAAAUAGAAUUAGAUGGCAUAAAAAAUGAUUAGACUGAUUAAUCUGUAGAUUCAAUUAUAAAUUCAUAUAUUCCUUUAAUAAAGAAAUUUAGUCCUGAAAGUGAUGUCUCCUUAAAAAUUACUAGAAGGUAUUGACAGGAACUGUAAUGUAUUAUAAAAAUGAAAAUUUAUAGUUUGUAUUCUAAACCAAUAAGAUAGAUUUAGGCUACAACUAUAAUUGAGAGAGGACCUAUUUAUUAAAAUAAGAGAAUUAUAUUCAGAUAGUAAGGUAGCUCCUAAUCUUUUUUAUAGAAUUGUUAGUCAAUGUAGAAAUGUUUUUAAUGAUUCUAUACCUGAUGUUUGGAUUCAUACUGAUUUACAAAAAUCAUAAAAAGGAAAUGAAUUUCAGAAUGGAUAUAAAGUUAGUUUAAUAGCAGAAAGUACAAAUGGUUUAUUUAUCUAAUUGUCAAUUGUGAAUAUUCAAAUGAAUUUAAUAAUCCAGAAAAAGUAGGUGAAACUGCUGCCAAAAGAUUGUUAGAUGAAAUAAAAAAUAAUGGAUGUUUUGAUAGCAUUUAAUUAAAAUAUGCAUUAUUGUUAAUUGCAAUUAGUUAAAGAAAAGUGAGUUAAAUAAAAUUAGGAAGAAUUUCAACACAAAAAUUGAAAUUGUUAGGAUUAUUUGUAUUAUUUUAG